AUGAGUUUUAUAAGAAAUGUUGCGAAAAAGUGGAAAAGAAUUUCCGAAUCAAAAUCAACGGUUUCUUUCGUGCUUGUCUCCAUAAUUCAAGCUCUAGUUUUAAUUUACCUUCAGUUUCGUAUAUUUGAACGAAAUUCUGAAAGUAUUAAUAUCAUAAUGGAAUUAAAUAAAACGAACCAAUUAACUGAAUCUUGUUAUAAUGGUCCACUCCUUUCAUUUUUUACGAUAAUUCUGGAAAAUAUCUUCCAUCAGGAUACGAUGCAAAUUAUGACCAUCACAUCGAUGAAUUUUGUAUUCGUUUUAAUUGGAAUUAUGCAAGCGAUUGAAGUUAAAAAUGUAGAUAGCAAACUUGGAGAACUCUGUCCCGAACUUCAAUUUGAUCCGAAAAUUAUGACAUAUGAAAUAUCAUUCAUUGUAGUUGUGUCAUUAUUAGGAAUUCUCAUGGGAUAUUUAUCAUUUAAUUUAUAUCGUCGAUUCGGUUGGAAAAUUUAUAAAAAGUAUGGAUUUGACAGAUCAAUGCAAAGAUUAGUUUUACCAACGUUUUAUAUAAUGUAUAAAUCUAAAAACUUGGGUCAAAAAUUCCUGAUAUUCGCUAGUUCUGCUAUUUUGAUCUUGGUAUUUUUCUUUGAAGCAUUAGCAUAUAGAUCGAUCAAAAAGGAAUGGAAAGCCGGGAUGACUUCGUUUAUAAUUUUUUGGAUAUUUGCCAUGUUAAAUUUCGCUGGUUUGUAUUAUGGGGUAAUAAAUGCGUCAGUGACGACUUAUUGGUAUAUCGGAUUCGUUGUUGGAAUUAUUUGUUGUUCGUUUGCAUUGGGUACAUUCAUAUUUGCUGUAUAUGUUCGCAAAGGUUUUGGACGCGGGUUAAAAGAAUAUCUUGAUAAAGAAAGGAAUGAGAAAACACCGAAAGCUUCCGGUUCAAAAUAUCAAAACAUUUGA